AUGUCUGGACUUGAUGCCCACAGUGCUUUUGGAAAUAAUGAAACGUCAACAUAUCAAAAAAAAAGGAAAUAUGAUGAGAGCUCUAAUUUAAGUAUUAACGAUUUAGUGGGUGAAGAAGAGGAAGAGGAUGAUGAGGAUGAGGAGGAGGAACCAUCAUAUGUUCAAGAUGAAAAUAUGGCAAAAGUUUUCGAAAAAUUUUUAAAAACAUUUACUGAAAAAAAGAGUAAAAAAAGACGUCCCGUUCGUAGAGGUGGAAUGACCAGCGAUAAUACUAGGAUAGAGAACAAGGCGGAUGAGCAUGAGCAUAACGAUGAUGAUAAUAAUAAUGAUAACGAAAAUGAUGAUAAUGAUGGUGAUGAUGAUGACGAUAAUGAUAGUGUGUGGAAGGACAACCUAAAUUUUGAUUUUCCAAGUUCACUGGAAAUAGCAAAAGAUGCUCAUUAUGUAUUACUUUUAUUUUCAAUUUUGCAAAAUUCGUAUUCAAGAAAUAAGGUAUUAGUUGUUGAUAUGAAACAUGUGUUAAUGUGGGAGCCAACUAAUAAAAAUAACUUUGAUAUAGGAAGCCAAUUAUAUAUGUAUAUAAAAAGACAUUUUUUAAGAAUCUUAGAUAUAUUUGAACAAAAAGUACAAUUAUUAGCAGAAAGCAUUAAUCCAAUUAAGACUAGAGAAGUGGGUAAACUUUGUUUACGUUUUUAUAAUAAAAAGAAUCCAAUUCAUUCGUUAAGAAGUUUAAGAUGUGAAAUGUUAGGUGAAAUGAUUAGUGUUAGAGGUCAAGUUACAAGGACAUCAGAUGUUAGACCAGAAUUAACUUUAGCUUCUUUUAAAUGUAAUGAAUGUGGUAAUAUAAUUAAUGGAGUUAAACAACAAUUCCGAUAUACUCAACCAAGUAAAUGCCCUUCAGCUAGCUGUAGUAAUAUGUAUGAUUGGUCUUUAGUUUUAGAACAAUCUUACUUUGUGGAUUGGCAAAAAAUAAGAUUACAAGAAAUAGCUCAAGAAAGUCCACCAGGUUCUAUGCCUAGAAAUAUGGAUGUCAUUCUAAGGAAUGAUAUAGUUGAUUCUGUUCAUGCAGGAGAUCGUAUAAUCGUUACGGGAUGUUUAAUUGUUGUACCUGAUAUACCAACAUUAAUGAAACCAGGUGAUAUACCUAGAAGUGUAGCUAGACAGAUGUUAAGGAAAAAUGAAAAUUCAUUAGUAUCUCAAGGGUUAACAGGUAUUAAAGGAGUAGGUGUUCAAGACUUAAAUCAUAAAUUAUGUAUAUAUGGAUGUCAAAUUGAAAAAUUAAAUAAUUCGAAAAAGGAUAAUAACUCGUUUGAUGAACAAACACAAAUAGAUAUAAAUUGUGAAGAAAUCUUAAAUUGUGAUGACUUGAAAUGGUUAAGAGAUAUAGCGAUGCAUCCAAAUACUAUUGAUAUAUUAGCAGAAUGUAUUGCUCCAAAAAUUUGGGGAAAUAUUGAAAUAAAAAAAGGUGCAUUAUUAAUGAUGACGGGAGGUGUUCAAAAAAUAACAUCUAACUGUAAAUUAAGAGGAGAUAUAAAUAUGUGUAUUGUUGGUGAUCCAGGUACAGCGAAGAGUGAAAUAUUAAAAUAUGUAGAAAGUUUUGCACCUAGAGCAAUAUUUACAUCAGGGAAAGGUUCAACAGCUGCUGGUUUAACUGCAGCAGUACACAGAGAUCCAGAUCAAGGUGAUACAGUCUUAGAAGCAGGUGCAUUGAUGUAUGCUGAUCAAGGUAUUUGCUGUAUAGACGAAUUUGACAAAAUGGAUGAAAAAGAUAGAGUAGCAAUUCAUGAAGCCAUGGAACAACAAACCAUUUCUAUAACAAAAGCAGGUAUACAAGCUACGUUAAACGCAAGAGCAUCUGUUCUUGCUGCAUGUAAUCCAAAAUAUGGUAGAUAUGAUUCGUUAAAAACAUUUGCUCAGAAUGUGAAUAUACCAGCUCCCUUAUUGUCUCGUUUUGAUUUAUUUUACACCAUGUUGGAUAGUAUUGAUAUUGACAAGGACACAAACAUAGCUAAUCAUUUAGUUUCCAUGCACUGUGGUGAAGAAGCGGAAAAACAUUUAAAAGCAACUGCAGGAAAAUUAGACAAUAUUAAAUUGGAAAUAUAUUUAGAGCUUAGUAAACGAGUCAAACCAUUGUUAACUGAUGAAGCAAAAUAUAAAUUAAUACAUUAUUAUGUAUCUUUUAGAAAUAUCGAGUAUUCUCCUGGUGCACAACGAUCUAUGCGGAUGACAGUACGUCAACUAGAGUCUCUUAUUCGGUUAAGUGAAGCUGUAGCUAAGUUAAAGUUUUCUCAUUUUGUUGAUAUAAAACAUGUAGAAAUUGCUUGUGCUAUUUUUAAGGCUUCUAUGAAAAAGAUAUCAAAUGAAAAGGAAAUAAAUCUUGAGGAGGAAUUUUAUAAGGUGAACAAGUCACUCAUGGGCAAUAGGAAUAACAAAUGGGAUGAACAACAAGUUGAUAAUAAUCAUAUGAAUACUAGCAUAAAUAGUAAUAGGAAUGGUAUUAAUAACACUGCGCGUAGUAGUAAUACUAAUGAAGAUAAUGUGGAACAAAGCAGAAAAGUUACUACCAUAAAAGCAAGUGAAUACCAAUACAUAUCAGCUAUCAUUUUUGAAAUAAUUAAAGAAUAUGAAUUUAAUAAUAAUAAUGAAUGUAUCACGCAAGACCAACUUAUCGAGUCAUAUUUACAAGUUUACGCAAAAGCAGAAUCUACUGAACAAGUAGAUGAAUGGGUCUACAAAUUAAAAAAAAUUAUUCAAAGAUUAAUUAAUCAAGAUAUGAAAUUAUUAUCAGAAACAAAUGAACACGAUAAUGAAAACGUCAUCUUACGUAUUCAUCCCAACUAUGCUGGUACCAUUGCAGAUGGGGUUGCUUCCAACAAAAACACCUAUGGGUAUAACACGUUUAAGAAUUAUCAAACAGACGAUAAAAUUGAUGAGGACGACUUGGACUUCCAGGAGGACAUCGACAACUUUUGA